GAUACGAACAACUGUUUAUGUAAACUUUCUGUCAAGCGAAUACAGUACAAUGGUGUUUCGAAAUACUCUUAUUGUGAUUUGAAAAUGUGCCAAUAGAUUAUAAUAUAAUAUUAAUUGUUAACAGUGCUGUUUCGUUUCUGGAUUUAUACCAGUUUUAAGUGUUACCUAGGAAAGUGAUACAUGUUGAUUAAAAAAACAACAGGGUGAUAACGUACAACGUCCUGCUUUUUUAAUUAGUUUUUUAUAUUUGCCAAACUUUUUCGUUAGAAAUGUAUAACACGGUUAUUUAUAAAAUCAUUGCAGUGCUAUGAACAAGGUUUCUAAAAAGUUGGUUCUGUAAUUCGAACUUAAUAUCGAAAAUGUAUUUUGUCAUUUUAAAAUAAUGUUAGCGCAGCCAAAAAAUAGAGUGCAAGCUAUUAAAAGUAAAUUUGAGAAUUUGAAAACCGAAAACGAAGUGCUAGUCGCCAGGAAGUCGAACCAUCUGAACAAACAGUUUAUCCAAACGGUGCAGUCUAAACGUAAUGUAAAUAUUGAAAAUAACGUAUCAAAACCCAGCUUUGAAAACAAAACCGUCGAUGAAUGGUCGCCUGAACCGAAUACUAGUUACUUAUACAGCAAAAGCGACGUUAAAAGGUCUUUGAGUGACACAAAAACGUCUCUUACUCGACAAAUAAGUGAUCCGGGCAAGAAGUUACACAGAAGUCAUGCAUUUCGUUGUGACCGUAGUCAGAAAAUCAACCAGAGUCCCAAACGUCAUGGCAGCUGUAAUGGAAGGUCCGAAACCAGUGACUUCACAUUAAAAAUGGGUGACAGAAAACUUAGCAAGGAGCGAUUGAAGCUCCUCGGUAAUUUCCUAGAAGAACAAAUGAAGAAAGAGAACUUUGUACCUCCUGAUUGCAUCAAUUCAGGGGAUGAUGUUGAUGCUAAAGUAUCAGAUUCCAUUCCGGACUCCGAGGUUCCCAAACACAUUCUAGAUCAAUAUGCGAAGGUAGUGAAAAAUAAGAACUCAGAUAACCGUCAGGACUCCAUGACUGACAGUGGAGUCAGUUCAGAAACUGAGAACAUUGAAGAGGAAAAAAACAAAAUAAAGAAACUCGUCUCCCAAUACGAGCAACCUCCAACCGAAGAUGUGCAGCCUAACUUAGAAGCCAUGAACGAUAUAUCCGCUUCCAGUGAAACUAUGAAACUAGAACGGAAGAAUCCUCAUCUCAUCCUGACCGAUACUCUGAAGAAGGCUUUGAAACAACCUCUACCACCCGGACCGCCGCCUAAAAAACCUCCAAGAACCUUCGGUGUCCCAGCAAUACAAGAAUCUCCGGAGAAGAAAGACACUAAGAAAAUGCUUGAAAAACUCGAACUUGUAUUACAGAAACGAGAAGCAGUUCAGGAUAAGACUAUAUGUGAUGUAGCUAAAACGGAACAGUCCAAACCACCAAAGGAAAUUCACUAUCUGUGCACUGAACUGCUCGAUAUCACACAGAGGAGCCUGAAUCCUGUGAAUCAAUCCCUUCGGGAUCCAUUGUCCAAAUGCUUUAACUCCUUAAACUGUGCCAUAAUCAACAAUUCCACUCUAAGCUUGCCAUACACUCGACUAAGUGCCGAAGCUUGUCGCACAUGCAGCAACGAGCAGUUGAAUUCAGACAGGAUAAGCACAUUUCUAUCAGAGAAAUGCUCGAAAUGCCAGUCCAAUGACACAACCGACGGCUUCAAAUGCCAUUUAAGUUGUAAAUGCCGCGAGGAGAAGUCGGAGUUCUUUGUCAAUGAACACAUAUAUGAUGUGCCGUUUGUUGAAGUUAAGUGUAAAAGUGAAUAUGGUGCAUUGAACGCUGUCCAGAGCAGGAGUCUGGAAGACUUGAAGGUAGCUGAUGAGGAGAAAAUUUACGACCUGCCCUGCGAGGAAUCGAGGCCGCAGACGCCGGAAGCUAAAUCGGAAUUCCAGAAGCUCAGAGAUAAUUUCGAGAAGCCCAAAGAAACGACGGUCCCACUGAAAAUUUGGAAGUCAUCUGAGAACGUGUCCAAGGACUUCAGGAUAGCGAAGAUCGCUGUGGAAAAGAAGUUCUCCACGGAUGUCAAGAGAUAUAGGAAGAAUGUCACGAGUCUGCCAAAGAGAGAUAAUCAGUUGGAUGUAGACAGGGAGAAUUUGAACCGUCUCAUGACGGAAAUAUACGAAACUGUGACAGCUGCCUGCAACAUGGAGGAAAAUAAACCGGGGAGCUUCCCCACAGACCUGUCCGACACCAGUGAAGAAUCAGUGAAAUUAACAAGAAGUCUGACAGAGAAGCGUAAGAAUUACGUCCGGCGGGUGUCAUCCCGCGUAGCGUAUUUGGACAAAAAUGCAAAGAAUCACAGAUUCAGACACCAGACAUCUAUUUGUUCAUACAAGUCGGAGAUCAUAGACAAUCCAUAUUCCACCUUCCGUUCCUGGAAGAGCUUCAGGUCGUCCCAGGGCAACUUGAGCAGGAUGAAAAACGACAGCGAUUCCAUAGAUUCCAAACAGAAUCUGACGGAUUCCAGCGGGAACUUGAUAACGAAUGUGGAGGAUAUGGACAAUAUGAGUAUAGAUGAGAAAAUGGGCUGUGUGGACAUCGACUUGCCGUUUGAGCCGAGGGAGAGAGGCCUGUUCAACUUCUGCCUUCUCGUCGGUUUGAACUACAUGACCGGAGAAGCCUACGUCAAGAGCGUGUUCCCAAAUCAGGUCCAAGUUCCACCGCACAUUGAAAAUCUGAUUUUCCCUGAGACGAUAAGCUCUAGCGGCGUAACGGAUACAGAGAAGAUCACACAGAGUUACUCGUUAGUGCUGACAGACGAGAGGGGAGAGAGAUCUUACGGUUAUUGUCGCCGAGUGCUGCCUGAGGGCGCUACAACCUGCCUACCCCUCUGUUACUGCCUCAUCGGCAAGUAUAGGGCGCCUGGGUUCUACUAUAAGAUACUUCAAGAAAUAGAAUCUCACCACGGCAGCUCUGAUGUAGAAAUGAACACGAUACUGCAGCAGUUGUUCGAGACGGAUUUCCCCAGUCCCGGGGAGAACAUAACCGUAGUGCACACUGACGACGCCGCGAAGAACAGGUCCAGGACACUCCCUAGCAGGAGAGCAUCCGACAGACAAGUACCAGGCGCUGGGAACUCCUUACCGGAACAUUACGAUGCCCAAAAUAACAACGAGCCGAACAAAUAUGACCACACGGGCCGGCCAAGAUGCAGAACAAUCAAGAUGGCGUUAGAUCCUCGAGCUGAAGAGAACAGUCUGUCCGUUAUGCUGGAUCAGCUGGGGGCUGGACUGGCGAUCAAGGUUUUCGGUUCACUACUCCUGGAGAGGAAGGUCAUCAUCAUGGGGGAUCAGCUCAGCAUAAUAUCGUCGUGCCUGGAGGCGCUCCAGCACGUGCUGUAUCCCUUCGUGUGGCAACAGCCUCUGAUAUCAGCGAUCCCGGAACAGAUCGCUGGCGAUGUGCUCAGCGCUCCGCUGCCCAUGCUGGCGGGAAUGCUGGAACAUUCAGCUAUGGGCCUGCAGGACGGCAUGUUGAUAGACUUGACAAAUCCGUCGAAGGUGCUGUUCUACCAGGGGGACGAGUCCACCAUACUCCCGACGUCCGCCUAUAAGUUACUCAAAACCUCACUACACAUGGAGAGCCUCAAACACAAGGACAAGUCCGAGGACACCAAGACGAGGAAUGUCAUGAUAUCGGAAGCGUUCCUGAGGUUCUUUGUUGACAUUUUGGGUGAUUUCUGGAGAUUUUUCACGUUGGGCGAACUCAAGGAUGGAGAUCUGGGGAAGAAUGGCGUAAUUUUUGAUAAAGACUCAUUCGUGAAGCAGACCUCCUCCAAGCAGAACCAGUACUUCCUGGAGUGGUUCACGGAAACGGCUAUGUUCAACCACUUCAUACAAAAUAUGGCCGUCUGCUACAAAACCGCGCCGCACGCUACACCGUCCGGCUACCACAGCAAUCUAGACAGCAACCUAGCGGAUCUAGUAGAUCUAGUCGACACACCGCUGCCGAACUUCUACGAGCUGUUCUUCGAAAGGAUAAAAAGUCGAUCGAAAUCGCAGAACGGCGACAAGUUAAAUUAUAAGAACGCAGUUAACAAGAAAGUUAAAAUGUUGAAGACUAAGCUGAGAGAUCUGGUCGCUUGAAUCUAGACACGACGAGUCAGUCAGGUUUAUUCGUCGAGUCUGUUUAGACUUCCACUCGGUACUAUUAGGUCGGUAAUCUAGAUGCCAAGUAAGUAACGUUCGGUCGAGUCAAUCUAGACAUAUCUAAUUCUAGAUCAGCCGACAGACUACUGUCUGUUUGGCCGUCUUAACCUAGAUAUCCCCGCUCACCAUACCAUAUGGUUACUCCAAUCUAGAUUUUAAUUUAUCUAGUAUUAUUUUGGCCUGAAUAUUUAUGUUUACUCGCUAGUGAUUAUUACAAAAUGUCUAAGUUUUAUACAUUUUUAUUUUUAAUUCGUCAGGUAAUCAUUAGAUUUAAAUUAAUUUUUUAAGACGGUUCUCAGUGUGGCGAUUUUAUUGAUAUUUAACUGAGAUCUUUUUGAUUGUAGAAAAAAAAUAUAUUUUGUUAGAGAUGUAGCUUGGAAAGUAACUCGAAAGAAUGAGCAUGUUGUCGAAAAAAAAAGGUUUUGGGUAACUUUGGAACGAUCUGGACAAACAGACACACAGUCACAUCAGAGCAUGUAGUAUUAUUUCAGCACUCAAUAUUUCAAGGCCAGGCCGCGAGUGUGUCCGCGCCCUAAAGCUGAAUUAACGUUCAUGAAACUCCGGACACAGUUAGCGACGGACGGAAGGGCCUUUUGAUUGAAAUGUUUUAAUACAUCCUGAUCUUUGUCGACUAGUUUCUUCUGUAAGCCAACGGUACUAGUAUUGAAUUAAUUUUAGCUAUUUAUAUAUGAAUGGGAUGAUUGGUACUUAAAAAACAAGAGGAAUAUUUUAUAUAUAUAUAUAGAUAUAUAUAUAUAUAUAUAUAUAUAUAUUUCCUAUUAAAUGAAAAAUAUUCCUCUCUAAAGUCGGUAUCUGUAGCCCCUUGUCCUCAGGCGGGCGAGCAUCACAGUAGAUAUGUUUUGUAUAUAAUCUAAGAAAAUUAGACAAACAUUCCUUAACUAUGUAUUUUUAACAAAAUAUUUACAUAUAAUAUUAUUUGUAGAAAUUUCAUAAGUGCCUUCAUAUUUCUAGUGCUGUUAAAUAUGCUUAAAAAUACACAGACUUCUUAAAAUAUAUAUAUAUAUAUAUAU